UCGCUGAAACGCUGGAACGAAGAGAGGGGCCUUUGGUGCGAGAAGGGGGUGCAGGUGCUGCUGACGACGGUGGGCGCCUUCGCCGCCUUCGGCCUCAUGACCAUCGCCAUCAGCACCGACUACUGGCUCUACACUCGCGCCUUCAUCUGUAACACCACCAACCUCACGGCCGGCGACGACGGGCCGCCCCACCGCGGGGGCAGCGGCUCCUCCGAGAAGAAGGACCCCGGCGGCCUCACUCACUCGGGCCUCUGGAGGAUCUGCUGCCUGGAAGGGUUGAAAAGAGGCGUCUGCGUGAAGAUCAACCAUUUCCCGGAGGACACGGACUACGACCAUGACAGCGCGGAGUAUCUGCUCCGAGUCGUCCGAGCCUCCAGCAUCUUCCCCAUCCUCAGCGCCAUCCUGCUGCUGCUCGGGGGCGUGUGCGUGGCGGCCUCCCGGGUCUACAAGUCCAAGAGAAACAUCAUUCUGGGCGCAGGGAUCCUGUUCGUGGCAGCAGGCCUGAGCAACAUCAUCGGCGUGAUCGUGUACAUCUCGGCCAACGCGGGCGAGCCGGGCCCGAAGCGGGACGAGGAGAAGAAGAACCACUACUCGUACGGCUGGUCCUUCUACUUCGGCGGGCUGUCGUUCAUCCUGGCCGAGGUGAUCGGCGUGCUGGCCGUCAACAUCUACAUCGAGCGCAGCCGCGAGGCGCACUGCCAGUCUCGCUCGGACCUGCUCAAGGCCGGCGGGGGCGCGGGCGGCAGUGGCGGGAGCGGCCCCUCGGCCAUCCUCCGUCUGCCCAGUUACCGCUUCCGCUACCGCCGCCGCUCCCGCUCUAGCUCCCGCUCCAGCGAGCCGUCGCCGUCGCGGGACGCGUCUCCCGGCGGCGCCGGGGGCCCGGGCUUCGCCUCCACGGACAUCUCCAUCCUCAGUGCAGACCUCUGA